GAUAAUAAAGUUCCAACUGAAAUCGAAUUAAUGGCUGACAAAACAUCUGUACCUUUGUACCUCAAAUUACUUGAGUCAGGCUCUGAGAAAAAGAGAGACAUACGUUUAGUAAUCGUUGGAAAGAAAGGUGCGGGUAAGACCUCAUUGGUUAAAAGAUUAUUCAACGAAGGAAAGAAAGGUGCUGGACUAACAUCAUUUUUAAAAAGAUUGUUUGGAGGAAAUAAUGCAGAUGUAACAAGCACAAAUGGAAUAGAAAUUCAUAUGAUAAAAUGCAAAGCAAAAUCUGGUGAUAGCAUUUGGAAUAGAUUAGAAGGCAACUAUGAAGAAACUGAACUUCAUGCAAGAUUAUUAAAACCAUACGAAGAAAAACUAGCCAGUGAGGACAGCUCAGCCAUCAUUGAAGAAGCAGCCCAAAAGACGUUUACGGACACCACUUCACCAACAGGUUUUGUUAAAUCAAAGGAACCAAGAACAGUAUUUCAGACUAAAAAACUUAAACCUCCAGUAGACACUCAAAUUAUACACCCAGUAGCCACUGAAUAUAAAGAAAAAAUCUCAGAAGACACUAAAUUUAACUAUUCAGAGGGAGCUCAUAAAACUGUCAAAGACAACACCCUCAUUACCAUUUUGUACAGACGUGUUGAUGAAUCAAAGGAAUCAAAAACUUUAUCUGAGCAGCCUGAAAAAAUAAAACCUCCAGUAGUCACUCAAGUUGAACCCCAAGCAUCUCAAGUAGCCAAUAUUUAUCAUGAACAACAGCAAAACCUGUCAUUAGAAAAAGCUCAUAAAGAUAUCAAAUCCAUGAUGGAAAAAUUUACAGUUGAUUUACAUGACAAAGAGGAAUAUGCCAACUUGUUAUUAUGGGAUUUUGCUGGCGAUGAAGAAUUUUACCACACACACCAAACAUUUCUGUCCCAAGAUGCAAUUUAUCUUGUUGUGACAAAACUUAAUGAGGCUGAUGACAAAAAUGCACAAGAAAUGUUUCAGUUGUGGAUGAAUUCAAUACAUUGCUACUGUAGACUUGACGAUCAGCAAAAUAAACCUGAAAGUUUUACUGCUAAAAUAGAUGAAAGUACUGAGACACAGGAAACAAAUAUUCUCGAUCCACCAGUGAUUCUUGUUGGUUCACAUAAAGACAAAGUCAGGCUUUCAAAGGGAGAAAAGAUAGAGAUUGAAUGCCAGAAGCAGAUUAAAAGCUAUGUGAAAGAUGUUUCAGAUGAUGCCUGUGGACAUAUACGAUCUCAAUACUUUAUUUCAAAUAACAAGGAUGAUGAUGGUGUAUUCCAGAAAAUGAAACAGGACAUCUUAAAUUUAGCCAGAGGAAUGAAAUCGUGGAAUAGAGAAUAUCCAUUGAAAUUUAUUCAACUGGAAAAAUGUCUUCAAGAAAGGAAGACAGGGUCAUCAAUUCCAAUUAUAACCUUAAAGGAACUUGAGCAAAUCUCUCUUAAAACACCAAUGCCAAUGAGUGCUGAAGAACUAAGGUUGUUUUUGAAAUUUCACCACGAAAUCAGAGCUUUAGUUUAUUUUGAGGAUCUUCCCGAAUUUAUCGUUUUAGAUACCCAGUGGUUAUCUGAUGCCUUUAAAUGCAUAGUAACAGCAGAGAAAUUUCAAUCAGAUAUAAGCAGGCAUAGAAUGAAGGACAAAUUGAAGGAUUUAAAUCUUAGAGGAAUAUUACAUAGUGAAGUUUUAGAAGAUAUCUUUAAAAAUGAAAAAAACAUUUUGUAUAGACAUGAUAAACAUAAAGAUGCUAUCCUGAAUUUUAUGGAGAAGUUUGAUAUUAUCAUAUAUGUAACCAUUGACGGUGCUGAUGAAAAACCUUGCUACUAUGUACCUUGCAUGGUCAAAUCAAAACCAGAAUAUGACAUAUAUGAGAUGUUUAAUGUGACCAACGAUACCUGUAAGAAAUCCACCUGGUUGUGUUUCAAGUUUAGGUUUCUACCACCACAUCUUAUUAAUCAUUUGAUUGCUGCACUAAGCAGGAAGUAUAGAGUUGCAGAAGUUGAUGCUACUAAACAGGGUAAAAAGCAAAUUGCUCUUUUCAGUGGAACUGCUGUAUUUGAGUUACAGGUGACAACAAAAUUAAGAAAAUUACUCAUAAUAAAAUGUCCAAAUGCUAUUCAAAUUCAGGUUUUGCAAUUUGGGGAACAAAUCAAAGGAGGUUUGUACAAAUACAUUGCUGACUUUUUUACAGAGGAAAUAAUCAAGAUAAUAAGUACAAGAUUUAAGAUGUCCAAUGUGAAAUUUGAGAAAAAGUGGGAAUGUGGCCAAACAAGACCAGAGUCUGUAACAGGAUCAUUUGACUUUAGUAAAGAUCAGGAUACAAAAUAUUAUUGUGAGACAUGUAAAAUUGUACAUGAGUUCACUGGUGAAUGGUCAGAUCAACAACAUAGAACAUUUGAUUUGUCUCAAAGUUCAUGGAGAUCUGAAAAUGUUCCAAGAUCUAAUCCUUACAGAGAAAGCUCCAGUCAAAUCCAAACUACCGGUCAAUCCACCAAGGUACGUGUCCGGGUCCAAGCUGGUGAGAGAGUAUUUUCAAAUGUCAAUGAAGAGGCAAUAGUUACAGCCAGUUCGGCAGGGUUCACAAAAGAGGAAAUAAAUUUUGCAAAGAUGGGGAUGAUUGCUUUGAAUAUUCUUGCUGAUGUUUUAUAUGACCUUUUAAAACAAGAUAAACCAAAUCUACGUCCAAGGAGAGAUUGUGAUAUAACGUACUUAUACAGUGAGCACAGGAAACUUAAUAAACAUAUUCCUUCUAAUGGAUGGGGCGGUCCAUGGCAAAGAAUUCAGACUACAGAUAUAGCUAUUGGAGAUGAUAUUGAGCGCAUUAGACUUACAAGAAAUGAACUACAACACUCUCAAAUAUUUCAUCUUGAAGAUAAACGUUUUAUUGAGUUAAGUAAUAUAUUAAGUGACCUUUUAAAACGAUUUGAUCACCACAACACACCAACAAGGCUGUAUACCGAUGAGCUGAACGACAUUUUGGCUAAAACUGUUUCUGCAGAGGAAGUUAAAUCAAUUAAAAAUGAAAUAUUAGGAAUGACAAUUGAAGUUGAAAUUGAGCAUUAAAUCAAACAGUUAUUUAUACACGUCAAGGGAAAUACACGUACAUUAUACUACCAUAGCAACAGAUUUGCAGAAGACCAUACCUUUCUGGAUAGGAGGCAAGAUCUAUAAUAGAGACGUAAUUAUGUUGAUGAAGCAUGUUAAAAACAGAAUGAAACUAUCUAUUCAUAAAACUAUAGAAAAAAAUGACCAAGAUGAAAAAAGUGGACAAAACGGAAAAAUAUUGGACUAAAGUUAAAAAUUGGACCAAUAUUGGACUGUAUAAAUACUAUUUUUCAAAUGUAAUCACAUGCUGCAAAAACUUUAUGUUGAUAUUUUUAAGUACAAUAUUACUUAUAUUGAUUGAUUGAUUGGUGUUUAACAUCACUUUCAACACUAUUGUGCUAUUUCGUGGCGGUAAGUUUUUAUUGGUGGAGGAAGCCGGAGUGCCCGGAGAGAACCACCGACCAUCGGUAGGAAAAAUGACAAUCCUAGUCAAUUAAGAUUAGAGUCGAAGGCACCUGGCGCGUGUGGGAUUGAACUCACAACCUCAGUGUUGACUUGCUAGUGAUACAGUAGUUCAACUACUAAGACCAAUCGGCCACUGAGGCCCAGAAUAAUGUUAUUAAUAUAAUCACUUUGUACAUAUAAAUGAAUAUCUAUGUUAUAAACAUGUAUUUAGGUCUAACAAUCACUACUGUGAGAAUACCCAUUAAUGUGCCAUGAAAAUUACCAAUUAAAUGAGGUCUAUUAUUUAUAGUUACAUUUAAUGGUACAAUUGUAAUGGCUUUGCCAUUAAAAAAGUUAAAAUUUAACCAUUAAAUAAACACUAUGAACCUGGGAAUAAUGGCCAUUAAUUGUAUUAAACCCUUAAUUUAUUCAUUUAUAUUAAUGGGCAUUAAUUAACAAGAUAAUGGCCAUUAAUAUCUCUCCAAUAACGGUUAAUGGUUAUUAGAUGUAACAGUAAUUAAUAGCACCAUUACUUCUCUGGGAAACUUAAUUUAUAUUAAUGCAUUUUAAAAGCCAUUAAACCGAAUUGAUAGUGGGCAUUAAAGUAACCAUUAAAUUUGAUUUGAUGACCAUGAAACAGUAAUGGGUACACCUAUGAAAAAAUUAAAUGGCCAUUAUUAUAUUAUUGGAUGGAUCAUUUCCUUAAUUGCCAUUAAAAUUCUUUCAUGCCUGGCAUGUUUCUUUAAUUGCCAUUAAAAUUCCUUCAUGCCUGGCAUGUUACUUAAAUGGCCAUUUAACUCGUUUAAUUGGUGGCUUGUUACUUUUAAUGACCUACAAACUCUUUAAUGGAUUGAUUAUUACUUUAAUGGCUUGAUAAAUCAAACAAUAGGCAUACACAUUAAUAUAUAAACACAAACAUAGGUUAAAAAAGUCUUUACUGUUCAUGAUAUAAUUGUGUCGACAAUCAAAAAUGUAAUUAAAGACCCACCAUACAUGUAUAUACAGUCAACUCUGCUUUAAUGGACCCUUUAUUAAACGAACCAAUGCAUAUACUCUCAAAAGUUACUAUCAUAAAUAACUAAUGUAAAAUAUAAAGUACAGGGCUUUAAAUGAACACCAUGUUUUCACCAAAGAGAGCAUGUUUAAAACAAGUUUGACUAUAUAUUGGUGGUUUAAAACAUUGUACUUUGUUCCCACAAGUCAUUAAUAAGGUCACAAGAUUUUGAUUAAUAGUUUAUUUUUUAAUUGUCCAUACUAGUUUGGAAUGGAAAUUAUUUUAAAAAAUGAAAAUGAAAGAACAGUGAAAAACUUACACAACUUUUAAAGAAAAAAUACUUUUAAAAAUGUGAAUCCCUCAUCAAAUUUAAGAAUCCUUUGACUUAAAAAAAAUUAAGAAUCUUUUGACUUAAAAAAAGAAUUAAUUAAAAAGUAGCACGAACCUUUCAAAAAUCAAAAAAACAAAAAAUAAAGUUUGUGUGGCCUUAUUGUAAAAUUGUAAAAAUGUAUGUUUUUAGCUCACAGGUGAUCUAAACACAAACAAAAUAAAUCUUAUAUCUGUGACUUAUUUUUAUUCCCUGCUUUCCUGAUCAUGAAUUAUUUAUCAUUAUUCUCGAAUUAUUCAUGAAUAUUCAUGAAUAUUCAUCAGCAGUACCAUGAAUUGAUAUGAAUGAUAUAUGGCACCUGGAAUAAACAUGAAUUUUAAUGGUGAUGGAAAAACAUGAAUAAGCAUGAAUAUAAUUCAUGUAUAUACAUCAGCAGAAACCAUGAAUAAUCCAUGAAUGGUAAAUGCCACCUGGAAUAUAACCAUGAAUAAUCCAUGAAUGGUAAAUGCCACCUGGAAUAUAACCAUAAAUAAUCCAUGAAUGGUAAAUGCCACCUGGAAUAAACAUGAAUUAACAUGAAUUUGGAUGGUGAUGAAAAAAACAUGAAUAUAAUAUUCAUGUAUAUUCAUCAGCAGAAAUCAUGAAGAAUCCAUGAAUUGUAAAUGCAACCUGAAAUGAACAUUAAUUAACAUGAAUUUAGAUGAUGAUGAUGAAAAAACAUGAAUAAGCAUGAAUAUUCAUCAGCAGAAACCAUGAAUAUUCAUGAACGGUAAAUGAAACCAUUUUUGGACAAGCAGUGUUAAAAACCCAAAUUUCCUCCCAUUGACACAAGGUAAAUAAAAUAAAAAUGUUGGAUUGACUCAAACAAAAUAAUAAUUUAAUGCAUGGUUUGUAUAGUAUAAAACAAACAGUGACUGUGGUCAGCUUAUACCUCACCCACAAACUGAAUACUUGUAUUAAAAUUAUGUGUCGGAUAUAAACUUCUGUAACUGUAAUUUAAAACCUGCUGUCUCCGUACUUCCAACUAGAAUUGCUGACUAAAGGUAACUGGAGUCUGCAUGAAAUCUGUUUCAUAUCAUUUUUAGCAGCUAAUAUUUGAUAAUUUAAUCCCCUAAAAGUACAAAAGUAUCCACAAAGAAUCAAUUGUUCAAGACGUUAUGAAGCAAUAAAUUUAUUAGAAACAUAAUUGCAUAAAUAUAUUAUACAUUAGAAGCCAUUUGGAAUCAAAUUAAUUACCCCCCCCCCCCCCUUUUUUUGUUAUCCCUUGAAGAUAAAACUGGCGACGUAUGAUUUUCAUCAAGUUCAUUCACACAAUUCAAUUUAAUUUAAUAUCUACCAGUUAUACCUGUUAAGAAUGUGACACCAAUUAUUCAUUAUAAUAAAUAUCUAUUUUCAGUUUUUGCUGUCAAACUUUCUGAUGUUGAUUUGCUUAAAUUAAAACCAUAAAAAUUUCAUAGUGCCUCAACAAAUUAUAUUUAUAAUCAUUAUAUGUUAAAUCAAAUACUUAUCUGAAAACAUCUUCAUAUCGGAUUUUCCAUUUUGAUACUCCAGCAGCGUAGAGUCGAUCCGGGUAAUUUCGUACAGGCGGGUAAUUAUCGUACAUAUUGCAUUUCGCUUGUUUGUCUGAUAAACUUGAGAAAUAAAGUGUGUUUUAAUAUUAUCUACUGAUAAUAAGAUAAGUACAACCUUGUAUGUUAAUGUUUUUACGAUUUUCUAUCAUCAUUUCUAUGAUCAUAGAAUAUGUACACAUUUGCCAUUUGUCGGAAAGUUUUGUUCGCGGGCGUUUUGAAAAGAAGAUCUCGUCCAAAAAGUCACCAGAUUUGUGAAAAUUCUAAGUUUGGUUAAUUUAAUGUAAGAUCGUUCUACUUUAAUCAAAAUUAAGAAAACUGAUGGAAACUGAAUGUCAGAAAUAGUUUGCAAUUGACAGAUACUUUUCGAUGUAGUAUAAGUGCAAUCAUUUCCAAUAAAACGGACUGGGAGUGGAUGUGUACGGUAUUACUCUACAGGGGUAUUUUACAUGCAAAUAUAAGGAGUCUAAUAUCGUGCACGCCAGCUUAAAAUAUGUUAUACAUUAAUUGAUAAAGAGAUUUUCAAUGUUGACUUAGCUUUGCUUAUAUUAAUUAUUGAUUUUUGUUACAUAAUCAAAUUAAUUGCAAAAUAAAACCAACAGAAAAAAAAAUUACAUAAAACAACAUCAAUUCGAUAUGGGAAGAAAGAGGUCAAAAUAUGUUUUUCUAUUCUAAGAACCACCAGUCCGCUGCCAUUUGAUUAAUAGAGAUAGACGUUGUUGUGUUUGCAAACUAUUCCUCCUUAAAUGCGAGGGUCCUCUGUGCCCCAGUGGUCUAAGUAGUUCAUCUUAUAUAUCGCUAGCCAGUCAACACUAAGGUUGUGACUUCAAACCCCACACAUGCAUGGCAGGUGUGUUCGAAUAUUAGUUGACUAGGAUUGUCAGUUUUCCUCCCCAACAAUAAAACUAUACCACAAAAAGUUGACAAACAGCUAUGCAAGAUGUUAAAUAUACAUGUAUACGUUAUUAAGAAAAUGUUCCAUGAAAUGCUGCUGGGACAAUUGAAGAUGAUGCUUUAAUUCAGGACUUAAAAUUAGUAAAAUCUGCUGCAGCCUCUCAGCUUACAUUGCGGGACUUGAUUGUAAAGACCGGUUGGCUUAGAGUUAAAAUUCUUUUCUGAAUAGGUUGACAUCUUUCUUCGGACUGAACUAGAACGUUAAAAACCGGAUGAGUGUAUUAUAGACAGGGUCUAUAUUCAUAUCACUUAUCAAUGAACUUAAAAGUCAUGCAUAUCACAUAAACCGUCAUGUUCUCGCCCUGAUGUCCAUGUAUUAUUUGCAUCUAAACGUUACUGCGUGUGUGUGUGUAACGUUACUGUCUGAAACACAAGUCCGUCAUUAUCACAUCUAAAUUUAUACUAAUAAUUUAUUGAAGCUUUAAUUCAAACAAAAAUCUUGGGACACUUGCUUUUUGGUCCUUCUUUUGUAAUUUUUGCAUAUAUACUCAAUUUGCCAAUAUAUAAUCAAAAGUGCAGUUAACUGAGUUAUCUUUGACUGUUUAUAAUGUUGUAUUCCGUUAUCAAAUAUACUGCCAGUAUCUACAUCACGACAUGGAGCUGUGAUACUGUGAAUUUAAGUGAAGAUUGAAAGACUUGAAGAUGAUCCUGGUAAUAAAUUAACUAGUCCAAAUCAUUUCCAAUUAGCAAUCAUAUUUUGAAUUUAAUCAAUAUACGGAAUUACACAUCAAGGUGUACGGAAAUACACGACAUCCGUACGAUAUACGAAACAGUGACUUUUCUGUUCGAUAUGCUCAUUCUCGAUAUUUUAUGUUGAAUGGCAAGGAAAAAGUCAAACAUUAAUACUAUCUACGAAUGAUCUAGUUACCGGUUUCCUUCUAGAACAUUGUAGUAUCAAACAGGGAACCAAAUGACAUUCAUUUAGGACCAAAAUUGUACGGAAUUACCCGGACCGACUCUAAUCACAUGUUGAUGACGUAAUUGAUCAAGUACGUUCACGAAGUUGAUUCGUCCCCUUAACGGUAUUAUAAGAAAUAUAUGAAGGGUGUCGCAUUAAAAACAUUUUUCAACUGGAGCAGUUUUUGAAACGUAUACAAAUUAAAAAAAACUUGUGUUCAUCGGCACAGGGUUCAUCCGAAUGGCGGCAUUAUCUGGGACGGUAUUACCUUGGGUCGGAAAUACUUAAUUCUGUUCUGUACAAUAAAAAAAAACACAUAGUCAUGACUUGUGUACAUUUUACAUACGUUGAGAAAGCAACGGUUACGAUGGACCAUGUAUCAUUGAUCUGAGGUUUUUCUAAGUUCUUUUAUAUGCCAGACGACUAUUAAAAGUAAGGCACAUACCAUUAAAAACACUUAUCAUGAAGUACCAGAGAAAGAACUGAAAAUAAGGCGGAAUAAUAUUAUUAAAGAUGUAUUACAAUUCUACCAAGAUUCAACCAUCCUUAAUUUUAAAAUUAAAGUAAUAUUUGAAGGAGAAAUUGGAGAAGAUUUAGGUUGACUUACAAGAGACUUGUUUUCCUCAUUUUGGAAGAAAGCAUGUCAGGGGUUUUUCCGAGGAGACUGAAGAUAGCGUUGUUUCCUCUCUUCCUAUCCACAGAAGAAGAGAAGCUGCAGAGAUAUUUGGAAGGGUGUUGUGUCACAUGAUAGGUGUGUGUGGUAUUUUACCACCAAACUUGUUUCGAAGUUUACUGUUAUACACUAUUUCUGAUCAAGAAAUUAUUGACCAGAAGUUGCUUCUUCGGGAUUUUUUGCUCCGUUUUUCUUUUCCUGAGAGGACUCUGGUGAAGCGCCUUCUGAGCUCUUCUCAUUGGUCAGAGAGGGAUAAAGGUAUGAUUGCAAUUGUUUUAAACGUAUGGAAUGCAGUUAUAUCCUUCUGUUGAAAUUUGAAAAAUCAAAUUCUUGAUAUGGCUAACAGUGAACUUCUAGACAAGCCAAACCAUUUGUGCAAGUUCCCGAAAAAAGGUUUUUCUGAUUUCUUUGUUGACAUUUUUUUUUUCAAAUUGAACUCAAUUUAUAUCCCACUUUUUUGCCUCACUGCUGCCUAGUAGAGAAAAAAAUUUGGGCUGUUUGAAAACAGAUGAAGUUCUAAGAGCUGAUGAAGAGGCUGUGUUUUGUUACCUCCAAAAUUUAAUUAGAGAAAUAUCCUUUGAAGUGUUGGAGCAAUUUAUAUGCUUUGUAACAGGAUCACCACUUAUGCCAACAGAGGGUAUAAACAUGACAUUUAGUAAUUCCUUUGGACUCAACAGAUGUCCUCGUGCCCACACUUGUGGUAAUCUGAUAGAUUUGCUUGUUGCAUAUGUAUCCUAAUAAGAGUUUCGUAGUGAACUGACAAGUAUUGUGACCAGUGAUGAAGCAUUCACAAUGAAUGCCAUUUAAUAUACUGCUGUAUACAAAUAACAUUGUAUUUUUAAAGGCUACUGGCAAAGCGGAUGUAUUUGUUUCGGAGUUGUAGAUUACUGGCAAAGGAGGGAUAUGACCCAUGCACUUAGUGGUAUGUCAUGAAAUUUUUAAAUGUCUGUAAUUUUUUAAGAUGUUGACUGGAUACUUGGUUUGUAUUUCAGUAAAAUUGUGUAAUUUGUUUUAGAAUUCUGACUGUUUUUUUCCAGUAUGGGAUAAUGUACUAUUGCAUGUACAGAGGAUUCCUAUUCCUGUUAAUCACAUAGGAAUUCAAAACACAAAUCAAUUUCCUUAUCAACAUAAACCAAUUUUAUUCUUUACCUGCAUAGCAAAAAACCAAAAUUUAACUCAAAAAUGUACCUGAAUGGUUAAAACAACAAUAUGUUGUUAGUGAAGUCCUUCAGUUUUUGUAAUAAAUGUUUGGGUACAACAAUAGUUUCUCUUUCCUAUGAUUUUACAUUGAAACCCAAGUACCUGUUUUUGUCAUCAUUUUCUCUGACAAAUAGGCUAUGCAAUUGAGAGGAAUUUACUGUAUUUGUAAUACUCUUGAAAAUCUUGUUUAGAAUGAAAUAAUGUGAUUGUUCUCUUUAUGCAUUGUUGUUAAUAUUUCUUUUUAAAUAAUGUAAAAAAACUGUUUACAUUUUGUUAUUUACUAUUUGCCUAUUUAGAAUAUAUAUUUCAAUAAGACUUUGGAAGAUGUCCGGAAAAGGAGCUCAGAUUGCUUGGUAUAAUCUACCUUAAUCUCCUGAUUUUGAUGACCACAAUAAUGAAGUUAUUUCUAGAUUUGAUGAACUGUUUUGUGUUUUUUCAAAUGUUUAUUUUAUAUGAUGCGAAAUAAAUUUAUGAGCCUUA